ACUCCAACGAAGCCAUGGUGUGGUUUAAGAAAUCUCACCAAUUGCUGCAACAACUACCUUCUUCACCUAGACGAGACGACCUCUUUGCAACAAAUAUGAACCAUUUUGGAAAUUGUUGUCGAUCACGAGGAAACUACGAUGAAGCCAUCUCGUGGCAUGAGAAAGCUGGACAAUUGCUGCAACAACAAGAUCAAUCACUUCAACGAGUCGAAAACGUCGCGAAUAAUUUAUAUUUAUUGUCUCUUGACUAUGACGAGAAAGGAUGUUAUGAAGAAGCUAUAAAGUUGUGUUUGGAAGCAAUAGAAAUGCAAAAAGAGAGUCAUUCUCCAAAUUCUUUUAAUAUUGCAAUUUGUACGAUGAGGUUAGGUUUGUAUGAAAUGAAGGCCUCAAGACUUGAAGCGUCUCUAACCCAUUUGCAAUCUUCCUUAUCAUUUUUUCAAGACACACUACCUACUAGUCAUCACACCGCCGAUUGUCACUUUUACCUUGCUACGUCGUUUCUUGUUAUGAAAGAAGCGUCCCAAGCCAGUCUGCAUGUAGAGAAAUGUCUUGAAAUACGAAAGACGAUUUUUCCAGUUGGUCACGACGAGAUAGAGAAAGCCGAGUUGUUCAAACAAGAAAUUCAAGGGCUGAAUGACAAUACGAGUGACUGACAUGAUAUUCUUACUUUGCUCACUAAGCGUUGCCGUCUGCUUGUGUUCUUGUUAAAAUUAAUGCAACUGUUAUGCAUUGCGCACGAGGUUUGUCUGGGUCCGUGUGUAUACCCACACUCACCCACUAAAUUAUGCUCACACUGCAAUUGAUGAGAAGAAUAUUUAGCGAUGAACAUCGUUAUUGAUUAGAAGAUACAUUCUGUUGUCU